AUGUUUCAGAGACAAGGACCAGGAGCAGAUACUGGUACUGACAAGGCUUCAGGAGGACAAGACGAUUCCAAGUCCAACCUCCCGGAGGACUUCGACAUCGACAUGGAAAACCCCGAGACCGAGAAGGCCGCGGUGGCCAUCCAGUCCCAGUUCAGGAAGUACCAGAAGAAGAAGCGCGAUGAGAAGUCCUAGUGAGCGACGGCGGCAGGAAGUGACAUCACAGUGACGAUGGUGUGAUAUUUGCAUGUUCACAAAUUCAUACCUGUUGGAACUCCAGGGGUCGUGAUGGGGCGGGGGCGGGGGUAAAGAACGCAGUAGCCUGUUUGUCAUGUGACCACUUUUCAAUUUCCUGUCAUUGGUAGUUAUUUAUUAUUUGAUUGGUCCGUCAGCGUCUGAUCUACCUGUCAC